AAAACCGGCCCCGCAGCAGAUCUGCAGGGUUUUAGCCUAGCCCAGCAAAAGCGGCGGAGGCGUCCGCGGCCUUCGCGACCUCCUCUCUCUCUCUUAGUUGCAGCCUUGCAGGCAGGCAGAGGCCCUCGAGACCUGACCUCCUGACCUGACCAUACUCCUCUCCCUCCUUUUCCUGGCCGCGACCGCGCCGCGCGAGGCGAUCUCAUCUACCUCGCCGCCGCCAUCACCGCCAGCGCCUCCACCCAGGGUUUCAUUCUCGCGCCGUCGGGUGUGCUCCAUGGAGAACGGCGGCGUCGUCGGCGAGGGGCGCCCGGAGGAUCGGGCGGGCGAGAACGGCGGAGUCGCCGAGGCGGGUGAAUCCGCCGUGAAGCGAGUGGCGGCGGAGGAGGAGGGCGGUGUUGAUGUGGCGGUGGAGGACGCGGACGAUGCGGUGGUGGCGGAGGAGGCUGACGGGGAUGAGGGCGGGGAAGAAAAUCACGGCGCGGGAGGCGAUGCGGCGGAGUCGGGGACGCCGGUGGCCGGCGAUCACCAGCCUGUGGUGACGCCGAACACCAGAGUGGUACUGGAUUCCGGGCGGCAUGCGGCGGAGAAGUGGGGUGAGGAUAGUCCUCGUGCCGAGAUCAAUGUGACUGCAGCUGUUUUGGCUGAUCGUACAAAGGAUAGGCCUGAGUCAGAGCCUGCUAUUAUAAUCGAGGAAUUGGAGGAUCUGAGAUCCUCAGAUGAUGAGAAUACAGCUACCUCUGCACCGCCUGCACAAUCUCACGCAGCUUCUGGUCGUUCCAAUGGUCCCUCUAUGCCAUCUCGUCCUGCUGGCCUUGGAUCAUCAUCUUCCCUGUCGCAGCCUCCUGCUCGUCAUGUUCAACAGGUCCGUGCCAAUGGACCGAGUUCUUUGGAUAGGGGAAGCCAGCCGUCUACUGAGUCUGCUGAGGAUGAUGGAGAUGAGAAUGAUGAAAUUCAUGAGAAGCUUCAGAUGAUCCGGGUUAAGUUUUUACGUCUUGCUCACAGGUUUGGGCAAACGCCUCAUAAUAUGGUUGUUUCACAGGUUCUGUACCGCCUUGGGCUGGCAGAACAACUUAGAAGAACUACUGCUAAUGGGUCAUUAAGCUUUGACCGGGCAAGAGAGAUGGCAGAGCGUCUUGAAGCUGCUGGAAAUGAGCCCCUUGAUUUUUCAUGCACCAUCUUGGUUCUCGGUAAAACUGGGGUCGGUAAGAGUGCUACUAUUAAUUCAAUUUUUGAUGAUACCAGGUUGGAUACAAAUGCUUUCGAUUCCAGUACUAGAAAGGCUCAAGAAGUGGUUGGUACAGUUGAGGGAAUCAGAGUAAGAGUGAUUGAUACACCUGGACUUUCAUGCUCAUCUUUAGAACAACACCACAACCAGAAGGUUCUCAACUCCGUGAAGAGGCUUAUUAGCAAAAACCCUCCCGAUAUUGUUCUUUAUUUUGACAGAUUAGAUAUGCAGAGCAGGGACAAUGGUGAUGUCCCUCUGCUGCAAACCAUUACGAAAGUGUUUGGAGCAUCAGUCUGGUUCAAUGCCAUUGUUGUGUUAACUCAUGCUGCAUCUGCACCACCAGAUGGGCUUAAUGGAAUUCCUCUGAGCUAUGAGAUGUUUGUCACCCAGAGGUCUCAUGUAGUGCAGCAAGCUAUAAGGCAAGCUGCUGGUGAUAUCCGUCUUAUGAAUCCAGUAUCCCUGGUGGAAAAUCACGCAGCAUGCAGGACAAACAGGGCUGGACAGAGGGUUUUGCCAAAUGGACAAGUCUGGAAGCCACAGCUAUUACUGCUUUGUUUUGCUUCGAAGGUAUUAGCAGAGGCUAAUGUACUCCUCAAGUUGCAGGAUAGUCCCAUUGGUAAACUUUCUCGUACAAGGAUUCCUCCACUGCCUUUCCUCGUCUCUUCCCUUCUUCAGUCUAGGGCCCCACUGAAGUUACCAGAGGAGCAGUUUGGUGAUGAUGAUGAUCUUGAGGAUGAUUUGACAGAUGAUUCUGAUUCAGAUGAUGGUUCAGAUUAUGAUGAUUUGCCUCCUUUUAAGCGCCUCACAAAAGCUCAGCUUUCCAAGCUGAAUAAUGCACAGCGAAAGGCAUAUCUUGAGGAGCUAGAUUACAGAGAGAAGUUGUUCUACAGAAAGCAGCUGAAAGAGGAAAGGAUGCGGCGUAAGUUGAUGAAGAAAAUGGCAGCAGAAGCCAGUACUCGAGCAAAUGAUUUCAACAACAGCAACCCUGAAGAUGAUUCUAAUACUCCAACCAAUGUUGCAGUUCCUAUGCCUGAUAUGGCACUGCCCUCAUCUUUUGAUUCAGACUAUCCUAGUCAUCGCUAUCGUUUUCUGGAUACACCAAGUGAAUGGCUUGUCAGACCUGUAUUGGAAACCCAGGGUUGGGACCAUGAUGUUGGUUAUGAGGGACUUAAUGUCGAAAGAUUGUUUGCUGUCAAAGGGAAAGUUCCUCUGUCCAUAUCUGGGCAACUAACAAAGGACAAGAAGGAUUGCUCUAUGCAAAUGGAGGUUGCAAGUUCAGUUAAGCAUGCUGAGGGAAAAACUACUUCACUUGGGCUUGAUUUGCAGUCUGUUGGCAAGGAUAUGGCAUACACAAUUCGUGGUGAGUCGAGAUUUAAGAACUUCAGGCGCAACAGCACAGCUGCUGGGAUAUCUGCUACGCUCCUUGGGGAUUCCGUAUCGACCGGUGUGAAGAUUGAAGACAAGCUGAUAGUGAACAAGCAGCUCAGGGUCCUGAUCAGUGGUGGUGCCAUGAGUGGGAGGGGUGAUGUGGCCUAUGGAGGCCGCCUCGAAGCAACACUGAGGGACAAAGAUUACCCGAUUGGGCGAAUGCUUUCCACUCUAGCAUUAUCUGUUGUGGAUUGGCAUGGGGAUCUGGCGAUCGGCUGCAACGUCCAGUCUCAGAUCCCUGCUGGAAGAGCUAGCAACUUGGUUGGGCAUGCGAAUAUAAGCAACAAGGGGACUGGCCAAGUAGGCAUUCGCCUGAACAGCUCGAAGCAUCUUGAGCUUGCGCUUGUUGCACUGGUGCCUAUAUUCCAGAACAUCAGAAAGCUGUUACAAAACUACUCCGAAUCUACCUAGUCUUUUUUACAUAGGCCUGAAAAGACAGUGAGAGCGUCAUAGGUCAAUUCUAGCAUAAAUUAGAACUAUCUAUUUAUUUUGUUCUUUCGUUGGCAACUUUGUAUCUAUGCUUUUUUAUGGGCUCCGUUUUGGUGAAGUUGGAGCAGAGCACACCAGUGGAACCCAGAGCUCUUUCUGAUGAAGCCGGAUUGCACAAUUCAUUCUC